AUGGGGCAGAAGAAUACUUUGGUAAGAACCCAUCAACAGUCAAUUCUGGCUGCCUCUGCCGUGAAACCUAACCAUGAUGCUCGGGUCCGGGUCCCUUCAGCCUCAUCUGAAAAGGGAACAGCCGCCGGACUGCUGGGACUCCUUUCUGGAGUGCCUCUAGCCCACCAAAGUGCUUUUGGGAGUGGAGAUGGGGUGCUGAUCCAAGGCCGACCUAGGGCUCGCAGUACAGGGAACACCAGAAAGAAAGAUUUGGCCAACAAAGUCAGGAAGGGAAAUGAGCCUUCUGAGGCUGAAGGCCUUAUCCCGCCGCCUCCGAGGAAGCCCUCCUUCCCGUUCCAGUGGGCCUGGGAGAGCUUCUUGGUGGAUGGCCGGGGCCUACCCCUGCCUUCCCCUAACUCUUCCCACCAGAACCUGCUGCUUAAGAGGGCCCAGACCCCAUCCCUGACAUCUGCCAGGGCCUCCCGGAAGUCCCAGUGGAAGGCUGUGCCCCCAUCUCCCCAGUCAGCCAACUUCCCACUCUACUGGAAGAUGGAAGCCCGAUGUCAGGAUGAAAAAAGGCAGCUGAAAACCUGGGUUCAUUCUGAGCUGGAUAGCCAAGAGAGCCAGGACGUCCAGGAUUAUCAAGAUGGCCAGGAACAAGAAGAGCUGGAAGACCAAAAUGGCAGGGAAGAGGAGGGGCCUGAGGGCAGGAGGGAUCUCAGCCUCUGGCCCUCUUUUCUGUCUCUUGAGAAAAGGAGCAGAGAAGAGGAGAGAAGCCAGCUGAGGAAGUGGAAGGCCCUCCAUCUGGCUGGUUUCACCCUGCUGAGAGGCUUCCAGAGGAAGUCCACAAAGUCGAAGGACCGGGAGAAGCUCUUGGACCUGGAGAUUCUGCAGAAACAUUUGCAGGAAGGGGGACUCUACUACUCCCAGUGGCCUAUCCAGGAUAUCACCCACCCUCCAGGCGAGAAGUUACAGGCCUGGGAGGAUGUUAAACCCUUCUUGCCGACCGGUGGCACCACUAAAACCUUCCAAAAGCGACGAGAGGCCACCAGGACCUUGAUGCUGGACUGGGAGCGCCACAAGCAAGAGGAGCUGGCCAGGGAAGAGCAGCGCCGAGCUCUGGAGCAGCGGGUCCAGAAGCAAGUGGCUCGGUGCCUGGCAGCCUAUGGGUCUUCGAGAUCAAAGGGGUCCAGGGCAUCCCAUCGCAAACUUGAUGAACUCAGGCAGCAGGAGAAGCAGCGGUUGGCAGAGUACCAGGCUGAGCUUCAGGGCAUCCAUCACCGGGUGCAGAGCCGCCCCUUCCUCUUCCAGCAGGCCAUGCAAGAAGGUAGGGCCCAGGGACUGCAGAGGGGAAUGGAGGAAGUCACCCAUUAGGAGGUGAAUGCAAAGGCCAAUGCCCGGCUCUCAGUGAACAGACGCUUCUCCCAGGUGCUGUCAGCCCUGGGUUUGGAUGAGGAGCAGGUAUUGGCUGAAGCACUGAAGGCUGAGAUUGAGGAAAUCCCCUCAAAACACAGGUCCUCAAAGACGAGGAAGCUGGCCAGGAUCCGAGUGGAGCAGCCUUUGUGGGGUGCAGAGUAA